UGGAUAUCUCGCUUCUUUUUUUUUUUGGUCUUACCAACACACACUCGUUCAAACCACACGAUUUCGAUUCGGUAAUCACAUAACGAUUUCACACGUCUCGUUCAACUACCAGACAAACAUAUAAUCGCAACAUCAAUAUAUAAAGCCGAAAACAACAGUCAGCCAGGCUACUCAACACAAAACAAAACAACACACGAACAACCCAAACAAACAGCAAAAAUGCAGUUCAAGACCCUCAUCGUCUCCACCCUCGCCGGCCUCGCCGCUGCCCAAAACACCGUCCCUCUAUCUACCGCCCCCGUCGGUCUCUCCACCGGUGUCGUUCCUCUGCCCACCGGCACUGGAGGCGUGAUCUCCACCAAGCCCGGCGGCAUCUACUCCAACAGCACCUUUAUCAGCAAGCCCGCGGCGAGCACUGAGGAGACCACUGCUACCGUCACCUCCAAGGUUGGUGCUGGUGCUUCGUCCACUGGCGCUGCUCCUUCGGCUAGCACAUCUGGUAACACCAAUGGGGCCAACCUGGAUCGCAAGAGCGAGUUUGGCAUGGUGGUCAUUGGGUUGGUUGUUGCUGCUGGGUUUGCCAUUUAAACAAACCUCUUGCAUGCAUGAUCAUAAUGGAACGAAGGGAGAUGAUGGGUGUUAAUAAUGGUUAUUUGGGCUGUGUAUACCCAGGACGGGGACUGCCUGUCUUUUCGUUGGCAGCGAUGACACUCGAGUUGGGAUCUAUACCCCCCGCUGCAUGACGACCAACUCGAAUGACCAGAUGGAUGGAUGAUAUGAGACGGACGGACGGACAAAUGGAUACCUACACCGGGAACCAAAAGGCGUUAAUUACUUCACUUCUUGGGCAUUCAUGGGAUGAAUGGAUGGAAGGAUGGACGAGGCCAUUGGGCUUUUUUGAUGGUCUCGUCUUGUUUUGGGUCUUCUUCUUCUUCUUCACCUUUUGCAUGAGCCUUACGUAUGUGGGCUCGGUUUACAAACACUAUUUAACUUCUUCACCAUCUUCUGCAUAUACAGCUAGACACAUUAACAACUUGAAUCUUACUUGGGCCUGCCGUUGGCGGCCCGGUGUUUUUUGGGACAUCUUC